AUGGAUCCAUACGGUCUAUCUUAUUCAUAUUCUCAGCCAUAGAUUUAAACUAUCCUGCCUACUGUGUCUCCAAUGAAAAUAAACUCUAGCAGGAAUGAAAACUACAGAAUUAAUGAUUAAAACUCCACAUACUAUAAAGUAAAUAAAACUUAAUAUAGUGUAUAGUAUCAAUCUUAAUCUGGUCUUCCAAAACUCAGCAAUCAUCCAGCCAAUCUAGAUAAUUAGCAGAGGGGAGGAAUAAAAGAUUAAAUGGGUAGUAUAUUAAGAGGACAAAGCACUGGAAAUACUGGAAAUAGCUUCACAAGCAAUAGUAUUUAGGACUAGGAAAUUAUUUAGAAGAAUGGCAAAAGAGUACACUCGAAAGACUGGGUUUAAAGGGAGCUGUUUGGUGAGAUUCAUUGGAAGCCUCAUCGUAAGCAAGUAUCAGCUAUUGCUCAUGAGGAUGACCCAGUUGUUGGAGUAAAGAAAAUUGUAUCAGAUUUAACAAUAGUCAAGCCAAGAAUAGAGAGAAUACCAAAUGUUACCAAAUCUGGAUUAGAAUCUAUAUAAUAAUCUCAAAGUAGCAGUGGUUUAAAUCAGUCAAACUCUUCAUUGAUAGACAUGCUAUAAAAGAAAUACUUAAAGAAAUACAAUGGAGUAAAGUAUCAGAUUGAGGAACAAAAAAGAAAGGAUAAAAUAGAGGAGCAGAGAGCCAGGAAGAGCUACGAUUUCGUAAUAAAUAAUAGUCAUGAAAGAGUUAAUAAACUUUGA